AUGACCUCUUACAAUCACCAAGCAGCUGCAAACGACGAAACUAAUCAUCAUAUUGAAAACAGCGACCAAAGUACGGUUGCUGAGGGCAGCUCCAAUAAUAACGUCAAAAACGAAGUUGAUUCGGUCACUAAACACUCGCAUACCAUCAAAAAAGAUGAUGUAAGUUCUAUCGCUGAAGGCUGCUCCAAUAAUAUCGAAAACGACGACUAUUCAACCAUCGAAAGCUCAAGUAACGUCGAAAACGACGAACAUUCAGUCAAUGAAAGCUCUAAUAACAUCGAAGACAACGAUGAAAAUUCUGUCGAAAACAUCGUUGUUACUGACGAUGAAGAGGCUGUUGGUGAGGGUGAAAUACCUAUCGAAAUUGAUAGUUUUCCUUUUUGUGGAUCCGAUUUUCAAGCGAGUGUUCCUCUCAUGGAUCAGUACGUCAAUGGAUUAAUUUCACGGUUAUCAUCAUAA